AUGAACUCACCCACCAACCCGGUCCCGGACCCCCCCUACGUGGCCGAUUCUGUAAUCCAUACCGUUGGUGAGAGCAUUGCGACGCGGUUGGAGGAGGUGGUCAGGAGUCGGGAAGACGCAACUCCUGAUUUCGCAUGCCCAGACGACGCCGACGAGGGCAGUCAAUGGAGAUGCGAAACCUUGCGCAACCACUUCAAACCCGCUGAAGCUGAUAGGCACCGGAUGCAGAUUUCUCAGAGCAAAUAUUGGGAGACCGAGUAUCUCUACUACGACAAUGCUCUGAGAGAGAAGUUAUCAGAGAAAGUCAACUCGGCGCACAGUGCGGACUACGAUUCUUUGGCAGAUCACUGGCGGGCUCUGGCGCGAUUGUACCAGAACCUACUAAGACUCAGCGGGCUAUCGACAACCGAGAUUAAAGAACUGCGGCUCUCGAUUAAGGAUCAGAAGUACUGGGAAUACGAGGCCGAUAUUUAUCAACAAGCAAUUAGAGCCCAAGAGUACAAGCUGAGAGAUGCGCUUUUAAAACGCGACGAAAGACGGCGCCGGCGGUUGGCGCGAGCUACAGAACCUGCGAAGCGAACGCAACCGACGGACAAGCAGGGACCUCCAGACGGCGGGGUAGCGAGCAGGACCAGGUCUCGCAUGAGGGCUUCUGCUGGCGCUGGGCGAAUGAAGCCGGAUCUUGCCCUCCCCCCUCCCUUUCCCCGUCAAUCACGCAGACUUCAGUCUCCCGGUGUGCUUCUUCUCCCCGAAAACCAUACCCAACACAACAUCCUCCUUAUCGUUCUUUCCAUCCUUGGAAUGUCGACCACAAAGGCCCUCGACCUCUCCAGUGUUGUACUGAUUCUGGGUUCUUUUGUUGGUGUCGACAAUAUUCUAAAACUAUCUGAUAACUCAAGAUAUGAGUUUCUCCCUCGUGAUGAAGAUACCGAUGAAUCCUGGAAGGGUGGCCAGGCAGGCGAACAGAUGCCGAGGCCUCCUUUCCUUUGUCUGAGAAUCGGAGAGCAUUUAUUUGAUCCCCAGGGCUGGGUAUUGGGCUCUCAUGACGACUCCGAUCAGUGCGACCUCCAGCUUGCCGAGAACAACCAAACGGGGAUCAGCAGACGGUCUAUCAGACUCGACAUCAGUCCAGUGACGCAUUAUCCGAGAGUAACGGCAUUGACCGAUAAACGGAUCAGCAUAGAGCUUGGCAACCGCAGCUUCCGGUGCAGGCCCGACGAGCCCAUAGAGCUACUCUGUCCAGCGACCGUCGAUCUCGGGGCGGUUAGCUUUCGAGCUUGGGCCCCAGAGCGAACAGCCGCUGAAGCCAGGGAGUAUGGAAAGUUAGCUAGGGCCUUCAGUCAGGACAUCCUAUCAGCCUUACCAAAAUACAUACCUUCCAUCAAAAGCCAUCCAGAGACCGAACCACACAACGUUCGCUACGGGAGAAAUGGCGCCGUGUAUGUCGGUGGGUGGAGAGUCGAAAGCAAGGGGAUGCAUGCGUCGGUAAUGAUGGUUAAAGAUCGGAAGACGGGUAGAACCUUCGGGGCGAAGGAGCCAUAUUAUAGAACUACCGACAACCCUGACAUUGCGAGGAAACGGUUCGAGACGCUUCAAAAGGAAUAUAAAUACAUCAUGCAACUCGACCAUCCGCAUAUUGUGAAAGCCUAUGACCUCGUCGUCGCCGAGGAUGUCACACUGCCGCCAUGGAUGAUCGUUGAAUACAUACCGCUGAACCUCCGUGAUGCCAUGCCAAACCUAGAUGAGUGCGACAGGCUGACAGUGAUGACCCAUCUCUCCAGCGCACUACACUACAUGCACGGACGCGGCAUCACCCAUCGGGAUGUCAAACCCGAUAAUGCGCUUGUUCAAAGGGACGACCACGGACUGACUGUCAAACUCGCCGACUUUGGUACCUCGAAGCAUAACGAAUCUGGCAAAAUGGAUACCUUCACUGGAACCGAGAUCUACAUGGCCCCUGAGCUAUUCGAAACCCCUCGAAACUACACGAACAAGAUCGAUCUAUGGGCGCUCGGUCUCGUCGGCAUGCAUCUGUUCACCUCUUGGAGCCCUUCUCGGGAUAGCAGGUCCGACGGAAAUGACUUCGGGCCCUGGAUGCGCGGUGUAAUUAUUCCACACAUGUCAGAGGCGCCGCAGCAAUUCCGCCCUUUUCUAAAGGGAUUGCUAUACAGGGAGCCCAAAAGGAGAUGGACUGCUUGGAAGUGUCUGAAGUGGCUAUGGGGAAACAUCCAUCUCGAUAAUCCUCUCGACGAACACUUGGGGGGAAGGGAAGGGUUAGCUGCCGACCUUGAGAAGCGCUCUGCGGCGACAUUAGGCGGCUCACAUGAGAAUGACUCUACGGCGAGACGUCGGCGCAGCCCGAAUCCGUCACUCUCAACAACCCGCGCACGAACAGCCCACCUCACUAGCCAGGGUCCUGAGGAGGGCAGUCCCCUUCCAGACGGACUGUUUCUUGGAACUUCAAUACCUGAACUCGUCUCGCCAGCACUGACGCCCCACGCUGAUGACGCCGCUUCUGAGAGUAACGAUGGAGGGGAUGCCGAUUCUACAGAGGAGGGCAACGUUAGUCUAGAGGAUGACUGGGGCGGGGAUUCUGGCGAAUUUGGAAACAUGGCUGCGUAA